GGUGCUACAUGCUCUGGAAAAACCACCCUUGCAAAACACAUCAACAACAUCCUACCAGAUAGCGUUAUCAUCCACCAAGAUGUAAGUCGCCUUCAACGCUGCUCACCUCAAGAACUUGUGCCAAUUCACCCUAUUCAUGGAGUGCAGGACUGGGACGCCGCACCUGGCGCAAUUUCCUGGCCUCGUUUAAUUGACUUUUUACGAGACGUAAAGUCCACGGGGAAAAUUCCACCUGACCACCGGAGUCAUGAUCACUUGAACGAACAAAAGCAACUAAAGCUGGACGGCGACGUCAAGGCAAAAUGGAUUCAUGAAUUCGCGGAGUUGAAGCAGCAAAGGGAGGCAGCAGGCUUAGAGCAGAUUGUCUGGGGAUUGGUUGACGGCUUUCUUUUGUACUGGCAUCCGGAGGUCAUUCAGCAACUGGACGUGCGCAUAUUCCUCAGAGUUCCCCACGAUACCUUGAAGCAAAGACGACACGAGAGACAUGGUUACCACACCGCAGGAACUUUGUGGCGUGAUCCACCGCAUUACUGGGAAGAAAUUGUAUACCCAGCCUAUCUUGAGGCGCACAAGGAUGUAUUUGAG